AUGAAUGGUGAGAAAGAAGAAGACAAGAAAAAUGAGGAGAUUCCGAGGAAAGAGCCAUUGGUGACUAAUCCGGGUUCAAUUAUUUUUCUGGACAACCCACCCAAGACUACUACUCCAUUACCAUUUCCUCAAAGAUUUCACAAGAAGGCGAUUGACGAACAAUUUGCAAAGUUCUUGAAUAUUUUCAAGAAAAUACAUAUUAACAUUCCUUUUGUAGAUGCCCUUGAAGAAAUGACAAACUACGCUAAGUUUAUGAAGAAGGUGAUGUCUAAGAAGCGGAAGUUAGAGGAUUAUGAAAUAGUGAAGCUAACAGAAGAAUGUAGUGCCAUUAUCAAGAGACAAUUACCAAAAAAUUUGAAAGAUCCAGGAAGUUUUACAAUUCCAUGUGUUAUUGGUGAACUACAUAUCAAGAAGGUCAUGUGUGAUUUGGAUGCUAGUAUCAAUCUAAUGCCUCUCUCUAUCUUUCGGAAACUCAAUCUUGGAGAGGUCACAUUAACUACUAUUUCCUUACAAUUGGCGGAUUGUUCUUUAACGUAUCCUAGAGGUAUCAUUGAAGAUGUUCUAGUGAAGAUUGAUAGAUUCAUUUUUCUGGUUGAUUUUGUUGUGCUUGACAUGGAGGAAGACCAUGAAAUUAUGAUAAUCUUGGGAUGA